UUCUUCUUCUGGUGGUGGAAAGCCCUAAUUACUGCGAUUGCUGAUGGACCUUGGAAAGAAGGCUGCACUGGUGCCCCGCUCCGCAGUCGGACACGCUCGGUUUGCGCCGGACAGGGCGGCCGAUCGCUUGCCGCCCCCCACCAGCUCCGCGGGCCCCCGCGCUCCCCCGGCCGCGGCUCGGGAAGAAGAUACCGCCCGGCUCCUGCGAGCCAGGAUUUUACUUUUCGUCUCGCCGUUUCUCCUCCUGCUCCGCUUGGAUUACUUGGCUGCUCCCGCUCGGUGAUCCCGCGCGAUGGAGAAAUCCAGUGCAGUAUUAAUCCACGGAGGUGCUGUGGGGACAGUUGGCAGUACAAUGGCUUCUCAGUACCUCGUAGUGGCUCUGGCCGUUUUCUCCUCUUUUACCCAGGUUGUAAUAGAAGCCAGCUCUUGGUGGUCUUUAGGGAUGAACCCCAUGAACCCCAUGAACCCUGUUCAGAUGUCAGAGGUGUAUAUUAUAGGAGCCCAGCCACUAUGUAGCCAGCUAGCAGGGCUUUCCCAAGGACAGAAGAAACUCUGCCAAUUGUAUCAGGAUCAUAUGCAGUUCAUUGGAGAGGGUGCAAAGACGGGCAUUAAGGAGUGCCAGUAUCAAUUCAGACAUAGAAGAUGGAAUUGCAGCACUGUGGACAACAACUCUGUUUUUGGCAGAGUCAUGCAGAUAGGCAGCCGGGAGACGGCGUUCACCUACGCGGUGAGCGCGGCCGGCGUGGUCAACGCCAUGAGCCGCGCGUGUCGCGAGGGCGAGCUGUCCUCCUGCGGCUGCAGCCGCGCCGCGCGCCCCAAGGACCUGCCCCGGGACUGGCUGUGGGGCGGCUGCGGGGACAACAUCGAGUACGGAUACCGCUUCGCCAAGGAGUUCGUGGACGCCCGGGAGCGCGAGCGGGUUUACCAGCGGGGCUCCUACGAGAGCGCCCGCAUCAUGAUGAACCUGCACAACAACGAGGCCGGCAGGAGGACGGUGUACAACCUGGCUGACGUGGCCUGCAAGUGCCACGGCGUCUCUGGCUCCUGCAGCCUGAAGACCUGCUGGCUGCAGCUCGCCGAUUUCCGCAAGGUGGGCGACGCCUUGAAGGAGAAAUACGACAGCGCCGCCGCCAUGAAGCUGAACAGCCGGGGGAAGCUGGUGCAGGUGAACAGCCGCUUCAACGCCCCCACCAUCCACGACCUGGUGUACAUCGACCCCAGCCCCGACUACUGCGUGCGCAACGAGAGCACGGGCUCGCUGGGCACGCAGGGCCGCCUGUGCAAUAAGACCUCGGAGGGCAUGGACGGCUGUGAACUCAUGUGCUGCGGCCGGGGCUACGACCAGUUCAAGACGGUGCAGCGAGAGCGCUGCCACUGCAAGUUCCACUGGUGCUGCUACGUGAAAUGCAAGUUGUGCACAGAGAUCGUGGACCAGUUUGUGUGCAAAUAGGGCACGGACGAGGUGGGAGGAGCUGGAGCCGCCUGUCAGCAAGGGGUGCGGGCCCCUCUCCCUUUCCGCAGGACUAUCUCCACUUUAUUUAUAGAGUCCAACGAGUUUUUUUGUCUUCUUUUAAGAAAAAAAAAAGAAAAGAAAAAAAGAAAAGAAAAAGGGCGGGGAAAGGAAAAAAAAAAAGAAAGAGAAAAGAAAAAUAUAAAGGUUGUAAAGAGAAGUGCCUGGAAACCCUCUCUGCGUCCAUCCCAGAACUGUGUGAGGCUUGUAUUUUUGGCGAUAACGGGGGAAAAAAAUCUGAGAAUAUUUAUUUUACAAAGUUAAAAAAAAAAAAAUUGACUUUUCUUACAAACAAUAGAGUAGUUUGAGGGGAAAAUCCGACAUAUCCUAAUAUAGAUCCAUGGAACGUAAUACAUGUGCAGUAGGCAGAGCAACCAUGUAACGUGCUUGGGAUAUUAGAGCAAUCCUUACGGAUGUGAGGAACACACAGAGCUGUGUGACCAUGGAUACACAGUCCAUGACUUUUAGGUUCAGACACUAGAAGUUCCUAGAAUAGGGUGUAUAAAGCUGUUCAGUGCGUGUAAGGCUCUGUAAAUAAGGGGUAUGUACAUCACAAGGUGUGUUGUUGGCUGCCCACCAAGGGUCACCGGAGGGCAAAGAGCAAAGGGUCAGAAAGGCUUCAACUGCGCUAUCUCUGAGUCACCGCUGCUGGUUCCAGAACCAAGCAAGACAGGAAAAAAAAAAAAAAAAAACAACAAAAAAACCCACAGGAAAAAAAAAAAAAAUCUGCCUUGGUGAAUAAUAAAGAUAUUCUUCAAGACAGAGCUUGGCCUCAUCAGGUAAUUGUGACGUUGGAGUGUCUCGUGUGCCGGAGCGGCGCUUCCCCGCUGCCGGCAGUGGAGCAGCCUGGGGCACGCUGCCCGGAGCACUGGAGCUGGGCAGCGCUUACAAACAGCUUUGGUUUCCCAGCCUGGAAAGCCCAUGGAAAGGAGAGUUCCCCAAAUUUGAAAAUGCCUUAAAAUGGUGUAAUAGUUGGCUGUCUUUCAAAACACAGCUUGACAAAUAGCUCCUCUAAUUUUAUGUGAGAAAAUAAAUCAUUAGAUAUCCACUCUUGGAAUGAUUCAUUUUUUUUUUUUUUUUUUUUCGCAGAUUUUGGGAACGCUUUCACUCAAGGAGACAAUAGUUUCAUAUUUUAAUAACAUUAACUGGCUAUUAUAAUUCAAGGAAACGUUGCAGCAGUACCAAAUUUAUCAUCCUAUGUCUUUAAUACACAUGCUUUAGAUAAUAUAUUGCAGAUAUACACUACAACUGUUCAGACUAUACUCGAGCAGUUACAUAUAUAUGGGAGAACUGUGGUCUCUGGUGUCUGAUACUUCAAAGCUUUUUGUACAUAUAUAUUUUAAUGAUUUAGAAAACAAUAAAACAUCUAAAUUAAAGAGGCAGUUCAUCCCUUAUUUUCUUUUUCAGAUCUCUUCAGGUGUUUAGGUUGAUUCUAAGUUUUUGGUGGGUUUUUAUCUUUAAUUAUUAUUUUUUUAAGAACUUUUAACUUUCAGAAGUUUUAAGGAUAAUCACAAAGAAGUAAGCCUCUUCCCAAUUUCAGGACUUCCUUGGGUGGUUGGUAGAGGCAGCACCCUGCACUUGGAUCGAUACCAGUCUGGAGAUCACUUCUAUUCCACUCUCACACUAAGGGCAUUAUUGAUUAUUGCUGAAAGGAGACACCUUCCAGUUCCGAAAUGUGCUGUAUUCGGCCCUUGCUUUUCAUUUUUUGAACGGAGAAUUGCGAUUUGUCAAACAAUAUGUGUUCCCCCUGUGCUGUGUACUUACACAGGAUUCCAUCUUUGGUUCAGAUGCCACUUUCCAAUUCAGUCCCAUCCUACAAGUUAGAGAAAAUGGUUUUGCAGAUACCACGUGAGGAAAACCUUUCACUUUAGCCUAGUUGUACUAAAGCCUUGACUUUUCACAAGCCUCUAAGCUGUAACAUUAAAUUCAUCUUGAUCAUUUAUCAGCUUCUUAAUGGCGCUUUAUUGCUCUUAAUUUAUUGUACAAGGACAUAUUUACCCCUCAUCUUCAGAUGUUUGCAAAGAAUAUCUUUUAAAUAAGAGAAAUAAAUAAAGCACUAAUUCAUUGAAUAUGUCACUUUGGUUUUUAUUGUACAAAAACCGUGAUCUUUUUUUUUUCAUUUGCUGAAUCACCUCAUGUUCCUUUUUAGUGACUUCUGUCUGAGCAGAAUUGAAUCUCAUGAUCCUAGCUAUUAAAACCCUAUUUAAUGUAAAAUAUUUUACUUGUCAUUCAGAUAUGUAAAUCUUCUAUGUCCUUUCCUCUGUUCUGUACAUUUAAUGUACAUAUUUCUGUCUUGUGUGAUUUGUAUAUUUCACUGGUUAAAAAAAGAAAGGAUUAUGCCAUAAUUGAAGAUAGACUAUAAAAAAUAAAACUUUGGUUG